GGGCGUUACGCCGUUGCUUAGUAACGGCUGUUUACCUCCUUCUCCGACAGCUAAAGUAACAACCGUCAACUUCCACUGCAAGAAACAGUCAGAAAUUCACAGAACAGGACCUCAGACUUAAAGCAGAUAAACAUCUUGUGCAACAGCAGGUGUCCGUGACGGUCUGCUUCUACUAGCUACAGGUUUGCUGUUUCUGUGAAUUGAAGGCCUGUUGUUCACAGGCUGCUCAUUCUAUGCAGUUGUUGGGCAGGACACUCGUUGCUCUAAGUGGGUCACACAUUUUUCAGGAUUGGCUGAGCACCUGUGGAGCAGCUGGAAAUGAAAGGCACUGAGAUGUUAAAGUCCUCAGGCUCGAAAGGAACAGGGGGACCAACAAAUGCUCACGCACCAGCCGAACCUCUCCUCGUGUAUAAAGCUAAAGAGGACAAAGAACAGACUGAGAACGUGAAUGUGAAGUGUGAAGACCUUAAGGCUCCAGUGGAGCUUUUAAUGAAGUUCCUCGGAGCUCUGAAGGACAAAUACUUCCAGCUGGCUGUUAAACUCUGUCACAUGAUUCUCAUCUACGAGCCAGACAAUCCUGAGGCCUCAGAGUUCCUCCCAUUGAUCCAGAAGAAGCUGCUGGAAGAGCAACACGCAGAGAAAAGCAACGAGGAAGAAAGUGAUGAUGAUGACAUUGAUUCUGGAAGUGAUGAGGACCCCUCUCAUAGCUCAUCUUGCUCCUCUUCAUCAGCCUCAGAUGAUGAUGAUCAUGUUUUCACUGUGGAUGAGAGCUGUAACGUGACCCAAACAAAAGAACUGAUUCUGGAGUCCAUCUGGUCCACUCUCCAGUCUUUUGUUAUGGCGGCAAUUAAAUUAGCACAAAUAAAAUGUUAGCCUAUGUAAACUCA